AACACAUUAUAGAUUUUAUUGCUUAUAAACGGUCUUAAAUUCACUCAAAAUUAUCCAUUUUGUAUUCAGUAUUUAAUUUUUAAUAUUGUCUGGAAACCAGAAACAAGGUUUUAUAUUUGGUGUGCUGCCUUAUAUAUAGCACAAUGGUAACCAAGCAUGCGCAUUAAUAUGGUAUGGUUUUGCUUUGUCUGAACACUAAAUAUUGAUGAUAAAUUUGCAAAGUUAAAAGUUGAUGACUAUCACUAAACCCACUAUAGUAGACGAUUAGCGAUGAUAAAAUGUGUAUAUUCAAAAGUUAUGAAGUAUAUAAUAUUUGUGGUGAUUGUUGCUGCAGAGAUACACAUUCCAAGUGUUGUAAGCGUUAGCUUUGUUGGUAAGCCCGAAGAUGUAUCUGCGAUAGAGGGACAACAAGCAGUGCUAUCCUGUUUUCUCUCAAAUGAUGAAAAUAUGGACGUUUCUUGGUGGACAGGUGUUGAAAAAAUAGCAUCAAUCUCUGAUCAUGAUACCGAAGGAAACCGAAUGACGAUGAGUUCAGCGAAGGUACCUGCAAGUAAAAUGCGAAUGUUCUCUUUAUUCAUAUCAGAUGUAAGACUGCAAGAUGAAGGUAAUUAUCAUUGUGAAGUAAACCUACAGGAAAGUGGAAAAAUCAAAUCUAGCUCUGCACAUCUGACAGUACUUCAAACCCCUUCAUUUGAUUAUCCACAAUGCUUCACGUCUACGGAAAGUGUUAUUGUUGAUUCCAGUGUAACAUUGUCUUGCAUUAGCGAAAAUAUCAAACCACCAGUUGAACUACAUUGGUUAAAUGAUGACGGAAAUGUUAUUGCCAGUGGUGUACAGAGUAAUAUACAAGGAAAUUUGGUCUACAAGAAUAUCACAUUCAAUGCAAAAAAAAUUGAUAGGAAAAACAAAUAUACUUGUAAGCAAACGUCGCAAGUACUUGCAGAACCCGCAAACUGUAUAGUAGAAAACCUAAAUGUAUAUUACAAACCUGAUAUAAAAAUUCAACACACGGAUAUCUUAUACGAAGGAACAGAUGCCAUCCUGUUUUGUCAAUCGUUCGCAAAUCCACCUGUAAUGCAAUAUAAAUGGACUUCACGACCAAAUUUAGAUACCAACGAUUACAUGGCUAACGGACAAGUUUUUCGCAUUUUAAAGCCAACAGUAGAUCAUAAUGGAACUCAGAUAACUUGUAUAGCAAAAAAUAUCGUAGGUGAAACAUCCCAAACAAUUGUGUUGCGCAUUAGUAGUGGCAAAAACGAUGGAGAUGGGUGGAUCGUUGACCAAAAUAGCAUUGAGAGUAAUUAUGACGAGGAUGGCCAUAUUAAUGCGACAGAGGAUUUAGCAAAAGACAAAAAGAUAUCUCUGUAUGUUGUAAUCAUUAUAAUUAUAUUAGUUGUCAUUAUUGUUGUGCUUGUUGUCAUUAUUCCUGUUUAUUAUCAAUGCUUCUGUAAGACAAGGAUUACUACUGAUUCUUUAGGUAGGGAGAUAUAUCAACCUACUGUGUACUAUGAUACCAGAGAUCGUGCUUCAAAUAGCGGUCUCUACGAUCGAUCUUUACCUUAUAUGCCGAGCACUGGACAGUAUGGUCACUGGAGACAUUCAUUCGCCUCUCAAGUUCCAGAAGAUCUUGAACAACAGGGAUACAUGUAUAUUGAGGAACGAAAUGGACAAAACACGUUAUAGUUUAUACAAAGUGUCUGGCUUAGAAACCA